AGCCAAUGCGGGUCACCAACAUUUGAAAAAGAACUGCGUCAGCAAUUGGAAAACAUGAGUCGUGUUAUCAAGUCCAAGGAACGUAAACAAUUACAAACAUGCCGGGACCAUAAAGCUUUACAGACACGUUUUGCACGCCAAGAAAAUCUACUGCACACACUGCAGCAAGAGAAUAAAGCUCUGCUGUUACGUGUGCGUCAAUACGAACACUGUUUAGAUGAUGUUAUGCGUAAAGUAGUGGAUGCUAUUGUGGCCGAAGACAAUCUACGUGAAGAGGUGGCGCUUUUAAAGGGGCGCGUUAGAGAUUUAGAAGCACAAAAUGCAGCAUUAUCGGCUAGUCCCGCUAAGGGACGUGAUGAGGGUUAUUGUACUAUGAGUAGCGGACAACCACAACCCUCGAAUGGUCAUUUAGAAGAUUUACCUGAAGAGCCGGAACAGUGGCUACUGCCGGCUGAACCGUGUUCAACGGAAAUGGAAGACUGGAGUAUGUCGCAAGAAGAAUUGGCUGUGAUAACAUUAGAUGAAGAUCGUGAACUGCAACAACAACAACAACAUCAACAACAUAGAAGGCAACAAAAACUGAGUGAUCAUGAUUGGAUAUGGAACUCAACGGAUUUGCUCAAUUCGACAAUGGUGGAGACCGAUUCGGUGGGUGAUAAUAUAUCACAAUUGUUGCAGCAAAAGAUUAUUUACUCAGAAGAUGAGGAGGUGGCCUGUACAGAAUUUACCAAUGAUUUCUACAAGCUGGUGAAUAUACGUUCCAGUUCCGCACGCAGUCUUUAUUCUUAUAUCGAAGGUGACACUGACGACGAAGAUGAUGAUGAGGAUGACGAUGAUUCUGAGGAUGAAGACGAGGAAGAUGAUGGCAAUUCUAGUUUAUCACCCAGUCAUAAACGUUUACGCUCAAAAGUUUUAAAAUCCCGCCAAAAACAACCCAGUCCUACCCCCAGUGAGGCUGGUAGGGCUCAAGUAACCAGCUGUUCCUCUAGUGAAACUGAUGAUUUCUCCCAUUGUACCACUCAUCAGGAAAUCACACUACAAACACUUAAAGAAAACGAAACUAUAGGUGAGGAGGCUGUUGAAAAUGAAGAAGAACACACACUUGAUCAGCAUAGUGAUAUAGAAAUUGAAGAGGUGCAAUUGGAGGGCGAACUGCAAACACCGCCCCUGAUCAUAAUGAAUCAUACCAAUCAUCAGCGACAUUUAAGUGAACAUAUGACCGAAAAAGAGUGUAUAGAGCAGAUAAUUAAGACAGAAUUGAGCAGAACACCCAGACAUAAACUAAUGAAAUCUCAGUCGACCAUCGAGGAAAGAGAAACCAAUAAUAUCUUAAGAAAUCGUCAGCAGCAAAACGAUAAACUAUCGCAGGUGGUUAGAAGUGGUAGUGUAAACGGUAAUUUAGUUACUAAGGCCAGAUAUCAAGAAAGAAUACAGAAUUCUAAUAAUUCCUGGAGACGCAGCAAUGGCUGGAAAAGGGUUAUAUCACCCUCUCAUUCUCCUACGGUAGCCUCUCCUAAAAAGGAACUUAAAACUUCAGACUUAAAAAGUCCCCCUAAGCCAACACCCACACGCAUACCCUCAUGCAAGCCAACUUCCACAGCACCCAACAAUCAACAGCAAAAACUCUCCACAACUACUGCCCCACAUCUCCAGAAUUCUCAACAAUCUACACGUAAAUCGAAAAUUCCUCCACCCGUUCCCGUACGUCGUUCCUAUGCUAGUUAAAUCUUAUUAUAAAAGACUUGUUAAAUCUCAAGAAAUUAAUUCUUUGGAGGUGUUUUUCCUUCCCCCUGUAAAUACCAUAAAAAUACUGGAGAAAUAAAGUGCGUCAUAGUUUAUAAGUUUAUAAUGAUAAGUCCGAAAAACAAAAACAAAAAAACAUUUAUUAAAAAAAGAC